AGAGAGGGAGAAAGACAGAGGGAGAGAGAGAGAGAGGAGGAAGGAGACACUCUCUAUCACUCAGCAACAGCAUCAUGGCACCCAUCGGAUUAAAGGCGGUGGUCGGCGAAAAGAUUAUGAAUGAUGUGAUCAAGAAGGUGAAGAAGAAGGGAGAAUGGAAGGCUCUGGUAGUGGAUCAGCUGAGCAUGAGGAUGCUGUCCUCCUGCUGUAAGAUGACUGACAUUAUGACAGAGGGCGUCACAAUCGUUGAGGACAUAAACAAACGGAGAGAGCCGCUCCCGACCUUGGAGACCAUUUACCUGAUCACUCCCACUGAGAAGUCUGUGCGGACCCUAAUCGGCGACUUCAAAGAUCCCCAUUCAUCGAAAUACAGAGCAGCUCACGUGUUCUUCACUGACUCUUGCCCGGAUCCCUUAUUCAACGAGCUGGUGAAGAGUCGGGCUUCCAAGUGCGUCAAGACCCUGAAUGAGAUCAACAUUGCCUUCCUGCCCUACGAGUCGCAGGUGUUCUCUCUGGACAAUCCUGAUGCCUUCCAGAGUUUCUACAGCCCACACAAGACCCAGAUGAAGAACCCAGUGAUGGAGAGGCUAGCUGAGCAGCUGGCUACUCUGUGUGCCACACUGAAGGAGUACCCUGCUGUGCGAUACCGAGGAGAGUACAAAGACAAUGCCACUCUAGCGCAGCUGGUGCAGGACAAACUGGACGCCUACAAGGCAGAUGACCCCACAAUGGGAGAGGGUCCAGAUAAGGCCCGCUCUCAGCUCAUCAUUCUGGACCGGGCUUUUGACCCCGUCUCCCCUGUCCUGCAUGAGCUGACCUUCCAGGCUAUGGCUUACGACCUGCUGCCCAUUGAGAACGACGUCUACAGGUAUGAGACCAGUGGAAUGGGAGACUCGCGGGAGAAGGAGGUCCUGCUGCAUGAGGAUGAUGACCUGUGGGUGUCCCUGCGACACAAACACAUUGCUGAGGUUUCUCAGGAGGUGACAAAGUCCCUGAAGGAAUUCUCUGCCAGCAAAAGGAUGAACACUGGAGAGAAGACCACCAUGAGGGAUCUGUCUCAGAUGCUGAAAAAGAUGCCGCAGUAUCAGAAAGAGCUCAGCAAGUACUCUACUCACCUGCAGCUGGCAGAAGACUGCAUGAAGCACUACCAGGGCACUGUGGACAAGCUGUGCCGUGUGGAGCAGGAUCUGGCCAUGGGAACAGAUGCAGAAGGGGAGAAAAUUAAGGACCCCAUGAGGGCCAUCGUGCCCAUUCUGUUGGAUGCCAAUGUCAGCACCUACGACAAGAUUCGCAUCAUUCUGCUGUACAUCUUCCUCAAGAAUGGGAUCACAGAGGAGAACCUGAAUAAGCUAAUCCAGCAUGCUCAGAUACCUCCUGAGGACAGUGAAAUCAUCACCAACAUGGCUCACCUGGGUGUACCCAUCAUCACAGACUCUACCCUGCGCCGAGGGAAGAAGAUGGACAGGAAGGAGCGUGUGAGUGAGCAGACCUACCAGCUUUCUCGCUGGACACCCUUAGUCAAGGAUAUCAUGGAGGACGCUAUUGAUGACAAGCUGGACACCAAGCACUACCCUUACAUCUCAACUCGCUCUUCUUCCUCCUUCAGCACUUCAGCAGUCAGCGCCCGGUAUGGCCACUGGCACAAGAAUAAGACCCCUGGAGAGUACCGCACCGGACCACGCGUCAUCGUCUUCAUCAUUGGUGGCGUGUCCUUCAGUGAGAUGCGCUGUGCCUAUGAGGUCACACAGGCCAAUGGCAAAUGGGAGGCCAUCAUCGGUUCCACCCACACGCUCACCCCAACCAAAUUUCUAAUGGACCUGCGGCACCCCGACUUCCGAGAGUCCACUAGGGUGUCCUUUGAGGACCCCGUUCCCUCAGACGAGUGAGAGAGAGAGGGAGAGAAAGAGGGAAGGGUGGGAGAGACUCUGACAAAGCUCGACCCAUAUCUUCACCCCUACCGUGCUCCUCGACGCACUCAAGGCCAUGAACAAACCAGAUGAGGAUCAGACAAGCUAAAACCAUCCCUCCCGUUACCCAACAAAACCCCCUGCUCCUAUAUUAAUUGUGUAUGCAUCUUGCUCGAAAGAAAAAAGAGAAAAAAAUUAAACAAUGGCAACAUUGACUAAAAAAAUUAUAUAUAUAUAUAAAUAUAUAUAGUAUGUUGAAAAACAAAGGAAUCAUUGCAAGUAUUCUCAUGUUUUACAAUGGAUGCAAAUGAUUAAACUGUCAAAAAUAUCAAAGGCCAUUUAAAACUGAAAGUACCAAAUGUAAUAUUGUAUGCUAUGAAACCUGCUAGAAUGUGUAAAUGGUAGAGACUUUCUUUGUUUUUUCCCUUAGUUACUUGGUGUGAUUUGUAAUGGCUGUGGAUGGGGGAGGGACAGUUGUGUGUAUGCGAGGGUCAGUUUAAAAAAAAAAUCAUAUAAUUUCUCAUGCUGUAAGCUGAACUGCUGUCCUUCUAAACUCUGGUUUUUGACUUUGUAUCAUGUUAGAUGUGCAUGCCAUGGGAUCUAAUUUGCACCCAUUUGGAAACGACCUCAGAUGGAAAACAGCCCCUUGUUAUCGUAGAUGUGAUUCUGACCAUUUUUUUUGGCAUCUGCUGGGACUUUCUGUGACUACGAGGAAAGAAACCAAAGCAGCCGUAGGUCAGAGAAUCGGCAGGUGAAGUGAAGGAAACGCUGUAAAUAGUUACAGAUGGCAAAUACCAGCCCUCCCCCAGCCACACGUCCGGCUGUAUUUACUUGCCACAACCUUUCAUUUGAUUGCUCUCACGUUUUAGUGUCAGAAAGGCCAUUGCUUGCAAAUGUUUGAAGAAUACUCAAAAAAGGGCCAGUCGUAUUUCAGUAUUGUAUCCUGUCAGAUUAAGUCCUAUCAUUGGUUAGUAUACAAUGUUUAACCGGGCCAUGCACUGAGUAGCGUGUUGUUGUAUAUGCCAUAUGUUGAUGUUUUAAUGUCUCACUGUUGACUGGUGAUAUUUCUGACUGUGAAGUAGUAAAACAUUUCCUUUGAAAAAUGCCAAUGUGAAGCCAAUGUGUUUGUGAUGUUUUAGCUGUAGUUGUAGUAGUAAACUGGGAAAAAUAGCAACUAUCUAUAUUUGGUUUGUCUGUUUGUUAGUUUUUCCUCUGGUGCAAUGUUAAAUCUUCCACUGGUGAAUGGCUUUGCAAAGAAACAUAACCCCCUAUUUAUAUAUUUUCUUUAUUUCUAUUUAUUCCUAUUUUAUUCCUUUGUUCUGGCAGGCAGGUUGUAUAUUGCACUACGCCUUUUUCUGUGAUGCAAACGCUUUUUUAUUUUUGACAUUUCUUCUCUCUCUCUCUCUCUCUUUUUCUUUUUUUGGUUUGCUGUUGUAAAGCACUGACUGUGUCUACUAGAUUUCUAUCAAAUUUAUUUAUCAGAGAAAAUAUUAAUAAAUGAAGAGUUAGUCUGUCCUAAACCUGUUGAACUUGCUGGGAUUUCAUGUUUGCGAGCGUUGAAGCACAAACAAAAAGUAUACUUGUGUACCAAUGUAAUAAGGCUGUCUAAUAAAUUGGCUUCCAUUACA